AUAGUUUUUGUUGGUCCGUCGUUUCAUAACGAAGGGGGCGUGUCUAACUUCUGCUGCUCUGGACCCAAAGACAAACCGGACUGGACCCGUUACAACUCGGUUUAUAGUCCCGUGCUAGAGUUAGUCCGGCUCUGUGCUAAAAAAUGUCCCGGGUUCUGAUCGUGGGAGCGGGGCUGACAGGCAGCUUGUGCGCAUGUCUGCUGAAGAGAGAGAUGCAGAGUAAAGUUCAGAUAGUGGUGUGGGACAAAGCGAGAGGUUCCGGCGGCAGGAUGUCCACCAGUCGUCCUCCAGACUCUUCGUCUCACUCAGCUGAUCUUGGAGCUCAGUACAUCACAGCCACGUCUUCCUACGCUCAGUCUCACCACAGGUUUUACUCAGAGCUGCUGUCUGCAGGUGUCCUUCAGCCUCUCGACUCUCUGGUUGAAGGACUGAAGCACAAAGACGGCAACAAGGACUACAUGACGCCACUGGGCAUGUGCAGUGUGGUCAAACACUUCCUGUCCGAGUCAGGAGCCGAUUUGUUCUUCGAGCACCAUGUGACCGGUUUGUACCGCCGGGGUGCAUCAUGGGAGGUCCAGAGGAAGGCGGGAGGCAGCGAGAUGUUUGAUGCCAUCGUCCUGACGAUGCCGGCUCCUCAGAUCCUGCAGCUGCAGGGAGACGUUGGACACAUGCUGUCUGUCCAUCAGAAGCAGCAGUUAGAGGGAGUCGAGUACUCGUCUCGUUUUGCCGUCGCUCUCUUCUUCCCUCCAGACGUCGUCUUCACUUUUCCCUGGGCGGCUCGAUACAUCACUGACAACCCGUGUGUCCGCUAUAUCGCUGCAGACUCUCGCAAACGCAACGCAGACGGUCCUGGUCGCGGUCCGUCCCUCAUCGUCCACACCAGCGUCCCGUUCGGCCUGAAGCACCUGGAGCGAGACAAGGAGGACGUCCAGCCAAUCAUCUUACAGGAACUCAACAAGCUACUUCCUGGUCUGCCUCAGCCAAUCAGCAUCAAGUGUCAGAAGUGGAGAUACUCCCAGGUGCUGACCUCGGUGCCAGACUGUCCGGGUCACAUGACCGUCCUCCAUCAACCGCCGCUCGUCUGCGCCGGCGACUCCUUCGUCCACUCCAACUUUGACGGCUGUGUGGAGUCAGCUCUGAGCGCGCUCAGUGUGCUGAAGGCCUCGCUGUGACAGGAAGUGACUCGGACUGUGACACACGGAUCAAUAAUCAAUACAAGUCAUCAGUUCAAUAGUUAAUGUAUGAAGAACUGAUUUAUUACAUUAAUACAUAUUGUUCUUUCAGAAAUUGAUUUUGUCUUUAUGUGAAUAAAUGUGUUUGAAGUUUAA